ACUUUUAGGGGCUUGCUUUCAUUGUAAUGGCCGUUUCCAGGACGAAAUGUCUUUUUCCCGUCUUACUGACACUCCUCUUAAAGCGUGCUGCUGCAGCCGGUAGGCUUCUUGAAAGUUUUGUUUUGAACAUUUAAACACGCCACGUAGGUCAUUUAGUCCAACUAGUGUUUAGCCUCAUUACUAUUGCACGAACCUCCUUAAAAAAUGACCUGAUCUGUUUUGUCUUAGUAGGCUGCUCUCCACUGUUACACAGACUGGGCUGUUGAUACAGAAAAAGCUGCAAACAUGCAUUCAUUUUUUCCAUACACCACUUUGAUCAAUGCAACUUGAGGUCCCUGCUACUCCUUCUGUUCCUGAGUGCUAUAGACCCUAUAACGGGGAAAUCUGCUCAUAUAUAAAGUGCAUUUGGAAUCCACAGGGAGACCCUGAGAAUCCCUCUCCCUACCGCCUGCACUGGAAACCAGAAAAUAUCGAGGAUGGGGACAUGACUGAGGAAAGCAGUUCGGAGGGGAUUAUUCAUCGUCAACAAUUUCCCAGCCAUGGCAAACUUCGGGUCUGGGUUGAGGUUGUAAACAGUUCUGUCCGAUCUGAGGAGGCUGUUUACCAUGUGGAACAUAUCGUCAAACUACCUCCUCCUAAAAUAACAAAAGUCAGUCAGGACCCAUUAGAGAUCACCUGGAGCAACAGCUGUACUCUGGAGGAUUGGGAUGUCAAACACUGUGAUGUGAGAUAUCGAACAGAGGGAGACCGAGGCUGGCCCGCCUCCCAGUAUGAGAACCAGACAUCAGAUCUCAGAUACGCAGUGAUGGAUCCGCAGUUCUUCACUAUCUACCAGUUUCAAGUUCGAUGCAUGUGCAGCCAUAGCCUGAUGAGUGAUUGGAGUGAAAUCUAUAAUGAAACAAGUGUAGAAUCAACCCCAAUAGGAGAAGUGGACAUGUGGAGAGACUGUGUCAAAUCCCACGCAAGCUCUGAAUGUUUUCUGACUUGGAAGAAUCUUUCUAAUUCUCAGGCACGAGGUGUCAUUUUAGGAUACGUUGCCACACGGGUAUACGCUAAUGGCACAGAAAAGCAGACGAAUGUGUCCACAAAGACAUCCAGCCCCCUCUGGGUGCAUGAUGGGAGGAUAUGGCGGCUCACGUCCUCUCUGAAAGAUGUGUCAUCGGUUACCAUAUCAGCCUACAAUGCUCUUGGAGCCACAGAUCCUUCUCACCUGGUUCUGCAAGCACUGGGUGUGAAAGAAAAGGCUCAAAAGAUACAUGUUGAGGUGACGCAAGAGAACCUCACGGUGUCAUGGGAUCUGUCCUCUGAGUCCUUCGAUGGUUUGAUGCAAUAUGUGGUUGAGUACAGAAUGUGUCCACCCGGCCCUGGGUUUGAUUGGAUAAAAGUGGAUAAAAACCUGAGUUCAGCUGUUUUCAAAGGUGAAUUCAAAAAAUACACAGCACACCAUGUGUCUUUGUUCGCUGUGACAAACAAAAAAGUUCUUCAACUUUCAACUAGCAUUGGAUAUUCUGUUCAGGGAGCCCCCUCUAAAGUACCAUCAUUUAAGGUUUCUUCUAUUGCUGUAAGUGAAGUGACUCUGUUUUGGGAGCCUGUUCCUUGUUCCAAGCAGAAUGGAGUGAUCUUGUACUACCAAAUAAGAACAGACACACAAAAGGUCUACAAUGUGAGUGUGAGCCCAGACCAUGGAAACCAGACGUUCACGCUGUUGGGUCUUAAUCCGGAUCAGGAGUACACGGUGUGGAUAGCAGCUGUGUCUGCUGGUGGCUCCGGCAAAAAUGUCACCACAACAUUCAAAACAAAAAACAAUGAAAACUCUGCAGAUUUGGUUUGGGUCCGUAUUUUCCUUGGUAUUGUUGUGGUCCUGGUGGUCACUUCUGUUGCUUUAUUCUGCUGCUUUAAAAGGAACACGGUGUGCCCACUUUUGCCUCUGUGUCUUUUUGAGAAGGAGCCCGAUCCAAGCAACAGUAAAAUCUUCAAACAGUUCCAGAUAAAUGAACCCCUCUCUUGGAUUUGCAAGAGCAUAUAUGACCCCAAUCCAAAGAUUUCUAAGUUGGAAAUAGUGGAAAAAUCUUCUGAAGCUCUGGACUCUAAUGGAAUAACCAGUCCAAUGAUGGAAAAUGAGAGUACACAGUUUGAUCAGAGGGAUGAUGUUACUCCAGAGGACUGCUGUAAGACAGACUCUAAAGCUCGGGAGGCGUACAGUAAAAUGGUCGACUCUGAUGAAGAUAAAGGGGACUCCUCCAGUUCAUACGAAGACGAACAAAUCUCAUCAGGUUAUGAAACGCACUUCAUGCCCACUGCCAUAGAAAUCCGUGGAGAUUAAAAAAUCAACAUUGUGAAUGUUGAUUUCAACCACAGCUAUCUCGUUUAGUCUUUUGAACCAUUUUAGUAUUUGGAUUGUUGUGGGGGGGGGGGGGACUUCUCCAGGUGGACUUUGUUCCUUUAGAAAAAACAAUAAGCUAGGCUUUUGUUGAAUCCUCAGUCUACAGUGUCAUACUGCUGCUGCUGCUGGUUCAUUUCCAAACCAAAAA